AUGGAUUUGCAAGGAUCUUCAGUUAAGAAUCUUGUAACGAAGGUUAAACAAGAUCUCUUAGCGUCAUCACAAGUUGAUGUUUAUGGUCUUGUAACUCCUUCUCCUUAUGACACUGCUUGGCUCUCAAUGGUUUCCAACCCUCAACACUCAGAUCAACCAUUGUUUCAGGGGUGCUUGGAUUGGGUGCUCCAACACCAAAACAGAGGAGGCUUCUGGGGUGAGAAUAUUGGUCAUCCCACUAUAGAGUGCCUCACUUCAACUCUUGCUUGCAUUGUUGCACUUACCACAUGGAAUGUUGGUCACGAUGCCAUUCAGAAAGGGUUGGCAUUCAUCCAUGGAAACACAGAGAGGCUCUUGGAAGAGCAGAAUGGUUCUUUUCCUGAGUGGUUUGCAAUAGUUUUCCCAGCAAUGAUUGAACUUGCAGAGAACAAAGGCUUACAUGUUUACUUUUGUAAUGAGCUGGUAGAACAAGUCUUCCUAAAGAGACAAGAAAUAUUGCAAACGUGCAGGUUGGUGUCUGGUAGUGGUGAGCAACAGCAUUAUCCAGCACUCAUGUUAAAAUAUCUUGAAGACGGGUUAAUCCAAUCCCCAUCAGCCAUUGCAUAUGCUUUCAUGAAGACAGGAAACAAGGAGUUUUUGGUAAAAUUGAAUUCUAUUGUCCAAACAUGUGGUUAUGGAGUUCCUGCGGUCUACCCCUUGGAUGAAGACCUUGUAAAGAUUCUUCUAAUUAACCAGAUUGAGACGCUGGGGUUGGCAGAGCAUUUCACGGAGGAGAUUACAAGUUUGCUGGGCCAAGUUUACAGAAGUUACAUCAGCUGCGAAGAACCAAUGAGUAUGGCAAAGCAUGCGUUGCCACUACAACUGUAUAAACAUUCCCUCGCAUUUCGACUUCUAAGACUACAUGGUUAUAGAGUUUCUCCUCGGAAGUUCUGCAGGUUCCUAGAGGAUGAAGAUAUAGUGACGUACAUAGAAGAGCACCAUGAGCUUUUUUUGAGUGCCAUGUAUAAUGUAUACAGGGCAACUGAUGUUACUUUUACUAGAGAAAAUCAACUUGAGGAUGCCAGGGCAUUCUCAAGAAGAAUACUAGAAAAGGAAACAAAGAAAGAUUGUACGAAUUUGGUCCGACCUAUUAGUAUGACUAAUUUGCAAGGCCAGAUUAAGCAUGAACUUAGUAUCCCAUGGCUUGCUCGGUUGGAUCAUCUAGAGCACAGGAGGUGCAUUGAGAGGAAAGAAACUCUUAGUCCAUGGACAGGAAAUUCCUUAUCCUAUAGAUUAUCAUCAUGUGAAAGCAAUGCCAUGCUAGUACAACUUGCCAUUGAGAAUUAUACCCUAAGACAGUCCAUAUUCAGAAAUGAAUUAAAGGAGUUAGAAAGGUGGUCAAAGGAAAUGGGUCUUGCUGACAUGGGAUUUGCUAGACAGAAAACCACAUACUGCCAUUUUGCAGUUGCUUCAACCGCAUCAAACUCUUCCCUUUCAGAUGUACGGCUGGCAGUUGUGAAGAGUGCAAUUCUUGUUACAGUUACUGAUGAUUUUUUUGAUACGGAAGGUUCAAUGGAUGAAUUGGAAGCUCUUGCCAAUGCCGUCAACAGAAAUUCACUUAUGCUUUUGACAAGGCUUUUGAAUGAAAUUAGAAGCUACCAGAAGGAGCAAGAGGAGGGAAAGCCAAACCUUGUUCUGCUAUACAUGAAGGAAAAUCCAAAUUUAGGGGUUGAAGAAUCAAUAGCAAUUAUACAGAAGACAUUGGAUGAAAAGAAGACAGAGUUUCUAGAACUGGCUCUGAGUAGUAAUGAAAUGCCAGAAGCAUGCAAACAACUUCACCUUCAAUGCCUCAAAGCAUUUCAGAUGUUUUUCAAUUCCACAAAUGCAUUUGACUCCCCAACAGAGUUGCUUGCUGACAUCAACAAAGCAAUUUUUGAUCCCUUGAGAGUGGAAGAUGUGCAAGGAACAUUUAUGCCACUCAACUCUUUGCAAAACACUCUUGGUUUGAAGAAGGAUAAAAGUUUGGCUAGCCAUGGAAAAUCCCAUUACAGCUCUUUUAAGCCCUGUAAUGGGUUUUUUAAGAGCACUUGUGCUAUCAAAGUCCAAGGGAACUCAAGGAAACACCUAGUGACCAAGCCUUACUCUAGAAUCUUAUCACUUGAGAUGAGAAACCCAACUAUUUAUAAAACCUUUUCGAAGCCCAAAGCUUACAUCUAUUAG